CACAGGGGCAUGCAGUGGGGCACGGGGACAGAGCCGUGGAGGGCUCAGGGCACCCCAUAGCCCCCACCCUCGGGGGGACAGCAGGGGUGAGCCCUCCGCGCCCCACAGGGCCUGAGGGCGUUGGUCUGAGGGCCUGGGAGCCCCGUCCAGCCAGGCCUGCCCCCAUGUUUGUGUUCCACCUCCUGAGCUGUGGCCCUGCAGACAGGGGUGACCCCUGGAGGGGCACUGAGGGGAACCCACAUCUCUGGGGCCCUGGGCAGUGGCCGUGCUGGGGACAUGCACUGGGAAGUGGGCAGGGGUGAGCACGGACACAGUUGUCACAGAUGUUCUACACACACACAAGUGCCACACACAGGUGUCACACACAUACCACAAAUACACAUUUAUGGCACGCAGAAUCCCAGAACAGUGUGAGGGGGAAGGGCCCUCUGGUGAUGCCCCAGCUCAGCUCCUGCCCAGGCAGGGUCGCCUGGAGCAGGUGACGCUUGUCCAGGUGGGUUAGGAUGUCUCUGUGGAGGGACACCCCUCACUCUCCUGGGCAGCUGUCCCAGGGCUUGACCUUUCCAUGAUGGAGGGAGGUUGUGGCUCAUGCUGGGCUGGGACUGUUGGAGUCCAGGGCUGACUCCUCAUCCUUCGCUGGGCAGGACGGGGCUGGGCCUGGCACCAUCCUCAUAACCUGGAGAGGUCUGGGCUUGCUGGGAUCCCCCCUCAGAUGUUUGCAUGGAUUGGUGCAAUCCCCUCAGGUGAGGGAUUAGCGUGGACAUGUGAGCAGCAGUCCAAAGCUCCACGUGGACUUGGGAGCCCUGGCAGCCCGUCAGGCACAGAGGGGGACAUUGCCAGGAGCAGGGGGAGAUCAAAGUGGCUCCAGGCUGUGCAGGUGACCCAGAGCAUGGUGACUGGGGGAGGCAAAUGGACAUGGAGCAGCAGGACAUGGUGUUGUGGCGGCUCAAGCAGCAGGAUUUGUAGGAGGCCACAGCCACCCUCCUGACCCUUGAGCUGUGCUCCUCUCAGAUGGGGAUUAUUUUUUUCACUUGUCCAGCUUGAUUAGACCCAGCAGUAGUUCACACACUGACAAAAGCCAUUGCUGGCAGGAGUAGGGAGAAGCAGACAGAGCUGCCCAAGAAACACCGGGCUGCAGGGGGUGUCUGAGCCUACUGUUACUGCUGGAGCACAGUGAAACAGCACUGCAUGUGGUGUGAACAGGUGGGGGAUCUCACAGAGGAGGUGGAGAGGCUGAGGAUUAUCAAGGAGUGCCAAGAGAAACAGACUGGUGGAGUUGCACCUUCCAUCCAGGAGAGAAAUGCACUGCAUGAAAGCUCAGCAAGAGUCAGGGUAGCCCUGACCCUCUUGCCGUCAGGCAGGAGGAGGCCUAAAAGGUGGGGAAUGGAAGCAGGUCCCUGCUUAGGGAGGCAGCAGAAUCCCCCGCUGGCUUCCCUUGCCUUCCCAGGUGCCCUUACAGAACCCAUACGAGGUCCUGGAAUUUCAGGGUCAGACAGUGGAAAGUUGAGAAGAAAGUCUCCUUGGUGGGUCUCCCAGAUCAGUGCAGUCAGUCAGACAGAUCACAACUACAGUUAUUAAGGAAAAAAGGAAGGGCAGUUGUAGUGUGGAUUCACUUCUGAGGGGGGCUGAGGAGCCUGUGUUCCAACCAGACCCAUCCCACAGAGAAGUCUGCUGCCUCCCUGAGGCCCAGGCAAGGGACAUUGCUGAGAGACUCCCUGCACUAAUUCAGCCCACCAGCUGCUGCCCACUGCUCAUUGUCCUGAUGAGAGAAGUACCAGGGUAGCAAAAAAGGACUUCAGGGCAUUGGGUUGCCUGGAUGAAGGGACAAGAGCGCAAGGUACAAGAGGUGGUGGUCUUGAUUCCUUCAGUAGUAGGGAUGAAUGCCAAAAUUAACAGGAAAACCUAUGGGAUCAAAAAGUAGCCUAAAGACUGGUGCCAUUGGUGGAAUUUUGGGUUUUUUGAACAUGAGGUAGUUUGUAUAGCACCAGGCUGGAGAUAGAUGCGUUCACCUCUAGAAGAGGCAAAAGGGUUCCAACCUGUGGAUUGGCAGGGCUGAUUGAGAGGGCUUUAAACUAGAUUUGAAGGGAGAGGGGGAUGAGAGCACACUCACUAGAAAUGAAGCUGGAGGCAGCAGGCCAGUGCUGGGGAGAAAUUGAUAGCACAGCUGAAGUGCGUCUGUGUCACUGUCGAGGCAGUCACGACACAAAUCCGAGACCACAAGCAGUCUCAGAUGGCAACUCUUCAUUAUUGAACAUGGCUGACCUUUUAUACACUUUCCAAUUGUUCAGGCUUCUUCUACCCUAACUAUUGGCCACAAUGAGUCAACAUAACACUAUUGGUGAAAAGUUACAGUGACUUCAACAACUUUCUAAAAAUACUUUGUCCAGCUGCAAAAUUCUCUUAUCUUUCUUCAAUUCCUCACUUCUCUUGGUCUCCUUGGUUACAGCCUUGGAGAGAGCUCCUUAUCAGCUUCUUCUUGCUUCUCAGCUUCUUCUCGCUCCUUUAGAUAACAGGGCAGCUGUUAGCCCCUUCCACACAUCUACACCAAUGCAGCAGUGUGGGCACCACAGGAGGAGCUGGAGGCCUUGGUGCAGCAGCAAAGCUCUGAAGUAGUUGCUGUCAUGGAACUGUGAUGACUCCAUGACUGGAAUGCUGCAAUGGAUGGCUCCAAGCUCUUUAGAAGGGACAGGCGAGGCAGGAGAGGUGCUGUGAUGACUCUGUACCUUAGGGAGGGUUUUGGCUGUCUGGAGAUUAGUAAUGAAAAGGAUGAGUGGUCGUGGUGAAAAUCAAGGGGAAGGCUGGCAAGGCAGAUAUCCUGUUGGGGGUCUGUUCUAGACCUCCCAACCAGGAUGAAGAGGCAGAUGAAUUAUUCUAUAAAGUGCUGGCUGAUGUUUAGUGGUUACCAGCCCUUGUUUUUGUGGAGGUCUUUAACCUGCUGGAUGUCUGCUGGAAGCAGCACAGUGGAGAGGAGACAGUCUGAGAGGCUCCUGGAAUGUGUGGAAGAGAACUUCUGGCUCAGUAGCUGAGCAGCCCACCAAGGGUGGGGCCCCGCUGGACCUGCUGUUUGCAGACUGAGAGGGGCUGCUGGAAGAUGUGGUGGUUGGAGCCAUCUUGGGCACAGUGACCCUGAAAUGAAGGAGUUUUCAGUCCUUGGAGAAGUAACAAGGUGCGUCAACAAAACCUCUACACUGUCAGAGGGUGAAUUUCAGCCAGUUUGGGACACUGAUUGGGAUAGUCCCUUGGGAAGCAGCCCUUAAAAACAAAGGGUCCCAGGAAGGCUGGGCAUACAUCAAGAUGGAAACCUUUAAGGUGCAGGAGCACCUUAUGUCCCUAUGUGCCUAAAAAUGAGCUGGUAGGGAAGAAGUGAUUGUCCCCCUGAACUUGGCAUUGGUGAGGCCACACCUCAAGUCCUGUGUCCAGUUCUGAGACCCUCAGUUCAAGAAGGACAUUGAGGGGCUGGAGUGCAUCCAGAGAAGGCAACAUAGCUGGGGAGGGCCUAGAGGGUGAAUCCUCUGAGGAGCAGCUGAGGGAGCUGGAGAGGCUCAGCCUGGAGAAAAGGGGCUCAGGGGAAACCUUCUCACUCUCCAGAACUCCCUGACAGGAGAGCAGAGCCAGGGGAGGCUCAGCCUCCCAGGGAACAAAGGACAGGACAAGAGGGACCGGCCUCAAGUUAUGCCAGCAGAGGUUCGGGGUGGACUUCAAGAAAAAUUUCUUCAUGGAAAGGUGGUCAGGCAUUGGAAGGGGCUGCCCCAUGGAGUCCCAGUCCCUUGAGGUGUCCAAGAAAUUAUGGAGGAAAAAAUGUUAACCUUCAUUUCUCGAGGUAUUUAAUCAAAGUCAGAUGCCUUUCUGAAAUGGAUGCAAAUAAACAUUUGUAAAAGGUGAAUGUAGGUGAACUAGCAGAGCACUGCUGUUUCACAGUAAGGAUCACCACAUUUAAAAUAUUCAUUCAGGGUAGGAAGAAGGGUUGACAGGCUGAGAGAGUUAUGGCUGGUCAGCCUGGAGAACAGAAGGUUCUAGGGAGACUUUGGUGCCUCUUCCAGUACUUAAAAGGGGCUUAGUAAAAGGCUGGAGGGGUACUUUGGACAAGAGCCUGUAGUGAUAGGACACAAGAAAAAUGGCCUUGAGCUGAAGGUGGGGAGAUUUAGAUUAGGUGUUAGGAGGGAAUUUCUGACUGUGAGUGUGGGCAGGGCCUGGCACAGAGCAACUGGGGCUGCCCCUGGAUCCCUGGCAGUGCCCAAGGCCAGGCUGGACAGGCCUUGGAGCACCCUGGAAUAGUGGGAGGUGUCCCUGCCCAUGGCAGGGGUGGCACUGGGUAGUCAUAAAGUCCCUUCCACCCAGAGCAUUCCACGUCUCUAUGACUCUGUGCUGCCCCUCCCUGCCAUGCCCAGCACUCAGAACCAGCCCCUCUGUGACAGCGGCCCUGGCCCGGGCCCUGUGAGCACCACGAAGGCUGUGGCUGCUGUGGCAGUGGCCGCACUGGAGGUGACACCUCUGCUCUGGCUCUGCCACCUGCUGUGCUGGCACCGAUGGCUUUGCUGGGGCUGCUCGUCCUGCUGGCCCUGGCCGGGCCCGUGUGGGGCACCUGGGACACCUGCAGGUCAGUGGUUCCAGGCUCUGGGAGGGAGCUGGAGGAACACUUGGGGACUUCCCUGGCAGAAUUGUGGUGAAAAAUGCCCCUCGGGGUUGUCUGGCCCUGCUGCUGCUCAGCACCAAGUGGGACAUUCAGCCUGAGCAGCAGCAGAGCAGGGCAGUGAUGGCUUUGUGCUUCCAGAGGGACCUGCGGGCUCCGGCCCAUGGCCUCUGACCACAGCUCUGCUGCUCUUGACUACAACUCCGUGGUUUCUGCUGCUGGCACGUCCCGUGUGGGUGUCACCAGUGUCCAGCCCGGGGCCUGGCCCGGCAUCGUCAGCAUCCAGGCCACCUGGGAGAACGGCACGUGGCACAUGUGCACGGGUGUCCUCCUCAGCUCCCAGUGGGUGCUCACGGUCGCACACUGCUUCGCCAGGGCCGGGGGCAUCUCCAUGUGGGAUGUGGUGAUUGGGGCCAUAGAUCUGAGACAGCCAGGCCCUGAGGCUGUGGUGAGACGCAUCCAGAGGCUUCUGGUGCACCAGCACUACGUGGCUGCCACGGCCAGGAACGACAUUGCCCUGGUGGAGCUGGACCAGCCCGUGGAGUGCAGCGACUACAUCCAGCUGGGCUGUGUGCCCGACGCCUCGCUCAGGGUCUCAGAGCUGAAAUCCUGCUACAUCGCCGGCUGGAACUUUGCCAGAGCUCAGGGACCAAACAUGGUGCUGCAGGAGUCCAAGGUCCACCUCAUGGACACGGAGCUCUGCAACAGCAGCCCUUGGUAUGCAGGGGCUGUUCAUGCUGACAACCUGUGUGCUGGGUACCCGCAGGGCGGCAUUGACACCUGCCAGGGGGACAGCGGGGGUCCCCUCGUCUGCAAGGACAAUGAAGCUGACUACUACUGGCUGGUGGGAUUGAACAGCUGGGGAAGAGGCUGUGACAGAGCCAGGCACCCCGGGAUCUACACCUCCACUCAGCACUUCUACAACUGGAUCCUGCUCCAGACGGGACUGAGCCCUGCAGAAAGAGCUGGUCCGGCACCGGAGCCAGCUGUCACCUCGGCCCCUGAGGAGGAGCCUGAGGAACCAGAGGAACCAGAGGAACCAGAAGAACCAGAGGAACAGAUCAACUUGACCCCUGAGUACAGCCAGAAACCAGCAGUGACAUCCUCGGGCACGUCACUGCCCAUGGCAUUCCCACACCAGAUCCUCGUGCAAUUCUGGAAUCUGGUGCAGGAGUUCCUGCAGUUUUAGAAGGACAAAAAAGCCUGAGCAGCAGCAGGAUGAGCAGGAUCCAGGGCUACAGUGGAUCACGGCAGCUCCAAGGCAGCCUUGGGGCCAGAGGUUUCUGUGUCCUGCCCACGCUGCUGCGCUGCAGCCACAGCGAUGCUGACGUGACUGAGGUGUUGAAGUAAAGUUUCUGUGUUCAUCAUUACCCGUGUUUUCAGCCCUGCUCAGUGCACUCGCAGGCUUGCAGAGUCCCUGCUCUGUCUGUCCAUCUGCUGUGC